AAUCUUAAUUUUUAAUCUCUCUCCUUGGUAAUAAUCAAUGUUAAAAUAGUCUAAUGGUAAUGAAGAGACACAAAUGUUAAUGUCUAACAGAAAUUGAUUACAUUUAAUUGUAUUAAUUUUGUAAAUUAAUCCAAAAGAAAAAGUUUAAUGGAUCAUCAAUGAUUAACUUACCUUCUCAUGUUAACAAAACCCCUCAAGUGUUGUCACAAUUUAACCUCUUCCAAUUGUAAUCAAUUAUCCCCAAUCUCUAUAAUUGAUUUUAAUCAACAAUCAACAAAAUGGUUUGGAUUUUAGUUGAAAGUGAAUGGAUUUGUUUACAACAUUCAAUUCUAGUUUGGUCAGUAUUUAGUUCAUUGAUAUCGUUAAUUGGAUUGUGCUUGGCCUGGAAUCAUUGGUUAUUUGGUUUAAUCACAAUCACCGGCGUUGGAUUAUCAAUAAUUGGGAUUCCAGCAUCAACAACACUUCAACCUCGAUUGUUAUUAUCAUUCAUUUGUCUCGAUACAAUUGACAUAAUCGGUAAAACCUAUUUAACUUUAGAUCUGAUUAUCUGGAGGCGACAAUUACGUUCUAAUUGUAUUGACACUCGAUCAAUAACUUGUGAUUGCACCUUUGACGAUUGUCGUGUUAUCCUACUUGAUACAAUCAAUGGAAUCAUUUUUCUAUCAAUUAGUAUUAUAAUUAAUUUACUUCUUCUCAUAUCAGCGAUUCAUUUGUACAUCUUCAUUAGGAAAUGUCUUAAAUCACUUCUUAAACGAGCUCAAUUUAAUCAGAAUAAUCCUAAUUACAAUCAACCACCUGAUCAUCACAAUAAUCAACGACACUCACAAUCAUCGUUAACUGAAUCAUAUAAUCGUGCCUAUGGUACAUUUAAUUCAUCAUUAGCAAUUGAAUACAGUAAUGAGAGUACAUUGUAAUUGUAUCAUCAACACAAUAAUUGUUACUCAGAGAUGAUCGUUGAUCAUGUGAAUUACUCUUACUAUUUACUAAUUGCAUCUUGAUGAAUUGUUUAAUAUUCGGAUCAUCAAUUAACUGGUCAAUUUGCUGUUGAGCUUUGAUUCCUCCAUCUUUGAAAUGAUCUUCUAAUCUGUUGGCAUAAUCAAGGUAAACACAAUUAGCACAACCAGAACGACAACAAGUAUCAGGAUUUGGAGCUUCGGGAAUCUCAUUGUGAUUAAUUGUGCUUUUAAUUUGAUUGGUGUUCUUUUUGUCCCCAAUCGAUUGUUGAUCAUUUGAAGAGAAACAUUUCCAUUUUCUUUUCUGUCUAAAUUGUUUAGAUGAAAAUCUUGAUUAAAUUAAAACGAUUAAAACGAACCAAUUAAAA